GUUUUAGAUCGUGUCCAAGCAAACCUCUUCCGCCCUGAAGAAUGGAGAGAUACUUCAGCUUCCGGGCUCCAGAGCAUACAACCUCCAACAACUGCGAAACAUCCUUAUCCCAAAGCCUCCAUGAGACAACAUAAUAUUCUCAAAAACCCCAUUCAGACCUUCAAGAUGAUGACCAAGACCAUUGCCCUCAUUGCUACCAUCCUGGCGGUGGCCGCCACUGCCGAACCCACUGUGGGCUACGCAGGGUACUUCUACGAGAACUGCACCACCCCCAGCAUCGAUGCGGGCAACGCCUACGCCGGCUCGUGCCUGAACGUCGAGAACUUCCCCAUCAAGUCGUUCACCGCAUACGUCGAGUCCGGCAGCUGCGCCGACGGCACCUCCACCGUCCUUCACACCUACACGGCCUCUGGUUGCGACGAGUCGACCCUGUUCGAGACCGUCAGCGUGGACAGCGAGAAGCAGUGCUUCGAGGCGGAUGUGACUCUCGUUAGCAUCAAGUCGGAGUGUGUUUAGAUGAGAUUCAAGUUUUGUGGUAAAGAAGUGAUGGGAAGGAUGAUAUGUAUUUAGUCAUGUUGCCAAGGUGGACAUGAGAUGGUCGAUGACGAGCUGCAUAUAUGCUAAGUAAAUUGUAUGUGGAGUGGGGGUGGAAACUGAGAUUGCUUAUCGACAUAAGCGAUAAGUAAGAGCUUGGCGUUGGGAUGCUUGGUGUGCCUUGAAAUUGCAUCAUAUCAAUAACAUUCACAAACACAGUCACUAAAUUCUUGCCC